GAAGGAUUUCCGAGUGAACUGUAGCAAAGAGCUGUACUUUGUUUACGUCCCCCUGGUUAGCUGACAGCUGCUGAGACUCUCAGGCCAGUGUACAGCUUGACUGUCUUUCACACCUCAGGCUUUGGUGACUUUACGCGCAGAACCAAGGAGCUGGCAUGGCAUGUUUAGUUGAAUGAGGAGGCGACGCUAGAUGCCGACAGGAGGAUGAACUCCAUCAGUGGCCGGGUCCUCUCCAUCCCCGCCGCCUCUGUCACCAACUCUGGAGCAUCCUCUUCUCGAGCCUUACAUGUGGAACUUACAUCUCAACAGAGACGACUUCGACAUCUGCGGAGCAUUGCAGCUCGAAACAUUGUCCAUAGGAAUGGUUCUCCACUGCUGGACACGUACUUCACCCUUCACCUCUGUGCUGGAGAGCGCAUAUCCAGAGAUUUUUAUAAGAGUGAGGUCAUUCGGGACUCACUGAACCCCACUUGGAGAAGUUUAGAUUUUGGGAUGUUACCGGACCUACUGGACACCUCUGUGUCUUGUUUUGUGGUUCGGAUUUGGGGAGGCCAAGCAGAGCACUACCAGCUGCUCAUUGAAUGGAAAGUAAACCUAGAUGGUCUCAGAUAUACAGGACAGCAGAUUCGGUCUCGUUAUCCAAAUGAAAUCAUAUUUGGGCUGAAUGAUGGCUACUAUGCAGCUGACUUUGAGUAUAAGGACUCCUCAGAAAAGAAGAAGAAGAACAGCCUACUUCAGGUGGAGCAAACGUCCGUCAGAAACUCCUACAGUGUCUUCUCUUUGCUCAGGCUUCACACAGCACAGAGAGCCAUUAAGCAGACCCAAGUGACGGUGCAGAAGAUCGGGAGGGAGAUAGAAGAGAAGUUAAGGACAACAGCAUCUUGCACAGAGCGGAAAAAGGAGCGAGAAUGUAUGCAGCUGCGUAUCGCUGUUCUGCGGAGUGAACUGGAGCGGCAGACCAAGGCUCUGGGCCGAGAGACUGACCUGAGGCAGAAGGAAAGAGCUCAGCUUCAGAAAAAAGAGGAAAGCUUUUCGACUCAACACGGCAGUCUAAAACUCGAGAAAGAAUCGCUCACCAGGCUACAGAAGGAAUGCACCGCCAAAAGAGAACAGUUUCUGAAGUCGAACGCACAGCUCACCUUCAGAUGCCGUCAGCUUCUGUCUGAGCUCUCCUACAUUUAUCCUAUUGACGUGACAAAUCAGACAGACUACGUCAUCUGUGGAGUGAAGCUACCUAACUCCGAGGACUUUCAAGCAAAAGAUGACGGGAGUGUAGCGGUUGCCCUGGGAUACACAGCACAUUUGGUGCUCAUGAUCUCGUGCUUCCUUCAGAUUCCUCUGCGGUAUCCUGUGAUCCACAAAGGUUCACGCUCCUCCAUCAAAGACACCAUCACAGAUCGCCUCACAGAGAAAGAGAGAGAAUUCCCAUUAUACCCACGGGGAGAGAGGUUUCACUUUGAGUACGGCGUCUACCUGCUGAACAAGAACAUUGCUCAGCUGAGAUAUCAACAUGGACUCACCACACCAGACCUUCAACAGACUCUGCCCAACCUGAAGACCUUCCUGGAGCACGGCCUGAUGGUCCGAUGUGACAGACAUGUCUCCAGUUCCAUGUCCGUCCCAAAGUCCAGCCUCAGUAUUGGUCUGGGCUCAGAGUUGGGGUUCCCCAGCCACACCAGCUCUCCCGACCGCAGCCACAGAAAGCGCAGCACUUCUGAAGCUGACCAGCAGAAGGCCAAACCCACCCCCCCUCCCAGCUACAACACUGCCAUGGGCAUAGAACCACCUCAACCACACCCACCUGCUCCGGCACCUCCAUCGCCCUCUCCCAAGCACCACCCCUCCCUUGAUGACAGCAUGGCCUCCCUAAACCUUGGCAAGCCCACGCAGGGUAACCAGGAGGGAGAAAUGGAGUCUAAGGAAGAAGCUAAGAUAGAGGAAUCACAGGAGAUACCAGAAGAGGAGGGGAAAGGUGUUGAAAAAGAGAUUGAAGAAGAGGAGACACGCCCACCUAGCAUCUCAACCAAACCAACCUCCUCUGAAUCUGUGGAUGUAGUAGAGGACAAAGCAAGCUCGUCUACUCAGAAUUCAGGGACCAUGAACGGUUCACUUGUAGUAGGACAGGCUACGCUGGGUCCCAUACCAGAGCUGCAUUGCUCAGUGGAACAAGCGGAGGAGAUCAUAGGCACAGAGGCCACAGGGUUGGCUUUGGGACUGGAGGAGCAGGCCCAGCUGGAGGAAGAGUACAGCAGUAUCCCCGUCGACCACGCCGUCGCCGUGGAGUGCGAUGAUCAGGUGUUAGGGGAGCUGGAUGUAGCCGGUUUUGAGGAGUUCUCGAGGCGUAUCUAUGCUCUCAAUGAGAACAUGUCCAGCUUUAGGAGACCACGGAAAAACUCUGAUAAGUGAAGCUGAGACCAUAUGGCAGUGUGGACAGUGGGCAGAAUACAUAGGAGCUCUUCUGGAACUUAUUCGACCAAUUUGCACUUACUAUUAACAUUUCCAUUGUAAUCUUUUAAUAAAUGUAAGUGCAAGUAUUGGGACAGUAAGCUGAUGUGAAUUAUGAAUUAUGAAUUUUAAAGAUUGUUGCCAGAGAUUAAUUUUUUAUCUAUGGUAGUCUAGCUUAACAGUGAAGUUCCAAUAAAAGAGUAGCACUUUGUAUGCAAACCUUCAAUGCAGUACCAAACUUCAGUCAAUGUAAUUCAGGUUCUCAAACCUGUUUUCCAGAAUCUUAAACUCUCUGAAUCAUAGGGCUGCACGGAAUAAUCUUUGACUAUUCAAAUAAAUGUAUUUUCAUCUUCGUAAUUGUUGGCUGGACUUAACAGACUCUUAGACACGCCAAACGACCUUUUACUAUACUAUUAAAGGUGGAACUUUUCUUGUGGAGGGUCCGCCAACUACUUGUCUCCAUGGAGCUGUUAUUGUUUUGCCUGCAAUGUUCCACAGCAAAACUUUAAACUUAUCUAUCCCUAUGAAGAUACCUGACAGUUUCGACUGCUCACUAGCGGUCUUCCUCAGAGACCAAGACCAAGAGUGCAAGAUACAGAUACAGGUCAGCUCUAUGGAGUCAGGUUUUUCAGUGUACUGUAAGAAGAAUGGCUUUUUAAUCAAUAAAAAAGCAUCUGUAAUGGAAUAAAUGCGAAAUAGUCAAGUUUAUUACUGUACUGUGGAACAUUCCAGGCAAAACAAUCACUUCCCCAUGACAAAAAGCAGGUGGUGGGCCCUGUACCAGAAAAGUUACACAGUGCAUCUCCAAGUCACAAUGUCAGAAAGGAACAAAACUAUUUCUUAUUUUCACUAUUAAUGAAAUUUGUCAUUACUUGUAUCUGGAAACGUUCAGUCACCACAUUUCAGCCUUUCAACCAUUUGGCUAAAAAUCAAUUUCAUUGUACAAAAGAAAUAAUAAUUUAACUAGUCAGCUAAUAAAAAAAUAGUAAUCUUUGGCUAAUUGACUAUUAAAACAAUGGUGAGCUGCAGCCCUACUGAGUCAGUGUAGCUGUACGUGAGGAGAUAUCAGUUUAAUGUGCCCACUCUUGCCCAUGCCUGCUGUCCCAGUACUUGAGCUGUGCUGUUUCACUCAUGGUGUGAAAGAGUGACUGAACUUGACGUGAUGUGUGUGUGUGUGUUUACUAGGCCUGUCACGAUAAAACUUUUGGAAGUACGAUAUAUUACUCAAGAAUAUAUAAUCGAUAAACAAUAAUAUUAAAACUAAUGUUUGCUGUUGACGCAAUAACACUAAAGUGGGGUUAUCAAAAGCAACUGUUCGAAAUGUACAAAUUGCAUUAAAUAAAUAAACAAACUCUUUAGGAAUAACAAAGAGAGAUAAUUUAUUGAUCCCGAGGGAAAUUCAAGUUUUGCUUCAGCAACAUUUCUUCUGCGCAUAUCAGUCUAAGGUCUCAGUGCAGUUUAACAGAAGGACUGGUCAUAUAGGGUCAGCAAAUCCACUUUAUUUCUGUAGCACAUUUCACAAACAGUUUCCAAAGUGCUGCACAAAUGCAUAAUAAUAAUAAUAAUAACAAUAAUAUGAUAAUAAAAUGAUAAAAUUAUUGCUCCGAUUUAAUCAUACUAGUCUUAAAAUAAUAAAACCAGUAAAAUAAAAUAAGAGCAAAAAUGAUAGAAUAGCAAUAAAUAAAUAAAGCCAAUAAAAUACAUUAAAAAUAAAUAAAAGACACAGAUCAUCUUACAACUCAUGCGGUGUUAAAAGGCAGAGAGUAAAAGUGGGUCUUAAGAUGAGAUUUAAAACACUCCACUGUGGGGGUUGUUCAGACAUGAAAGGGCAGAUCGUUCCAGAGCUUAGGGCCGACCACAGAGAAGACCCUGACCCCUCUGGUUUUAAGUCUGGUCUUAGGCAUCAUGAGCUGGAGCUGGACCUCGGACCUCAGAGCGCAUGCGGGGGUGUAAAUUUGGACGAGGUCUGAGACAUACUGUGGGGCCAGUUCCUUCAAAGCUUUAAAAAAACAAACAAUAAAAUCUCAAAAUCAAUUCUAAAAUUAACAGGAAACCAGUGCAAAGACGCAAGGACUGGGAUAAUGUGCUCUUUCCUUUUGGUUCCUAUUAGAAAUCGUGCUGCAGAGUUUUGUAAAGUGUGUUUUGUGAGAUAGCGUAAUAAAAUGCGUUACAGUAGUCCAGGCAUGAUGAAAUAAUAGCGUGUAUGAGGUUUGACUUUCGAUAAAAGCCGCAAAUGAUAAAAAGCAGUGUCCAGGGGGAGCGAGGUGAACUCUAAUUUGUAUCUAUAAUGAGUCAUAGAAGUUCGUCAACCCUCUACAGCUCAAAUUUUAGUAUAUAAAAAUAACAAAACGUUUCCUUCUAUUGCAAAUACUGUAAAACGUACUAGAGAAAUACUGCCCCCCUCCAAAAAAAUGACUGUUCUACUUAAUAUUAAUUGAACAAUAAGUCAAUGUAGUGAUUAAUGUGACAGGCCUAGUUCUAGCAUGCAGGACCUUCUCAUUACAGUAGGGCUUUGAUGAAUCCCACCAAUGACCUCGACUUCCAGGUUGCUGCCGUAGAGCGAGGUGGUCGAUUCAGCCAAUCAGAGAGCCCCUUUACUGUGACACACCUUUUUUCCUCCAUACACUUUGUUCUUAAGGUGGUAAGGCGAGGAUUAUAUGAGCACACGGCAGGGCUACUGUGCAAUGUAUGAUUCAUCUCCAUGUUGUUUUAUUGUUUUAAAUUUUAAGGUAGUCCAGCGUUGUAAACCUCAAUGUUGAUUAUCAUUGUAUUAGACCAAUUAAAUGUUGUAAUUCUCUUCUGUUGAACUGUCACUCAGGCUGUGUUGUCUUGAAGCCCACAUCAGUAACUUCCGUGUAACAAAUGCUUUCUUGCACUGGUGGAUUUAUGCAUUAUUUAUAUUUCAGAAUAACCAUGAGCUUGAGUUUUAAAGAAGAUUCAUAUCGCACAAUGUUUCAGACUGCUAAUGUAAACUCCAGGGGGCGCUCUCGAUGCUGACGGCUGUGUAGCAUCAGUUGCCAUGACAGCGAUGGACCAGGGAUAGACCAGUCCGCCUCUCACAUCUCUGCUGCGGUUGCAUCAUUUCCAUAAACUGAUGCCAACAGUUGACCAUGUAAAUAUACUUUUGUAUGGAGGUUUCUUUUCUUAUUAAAGACUGUCCAAUGGCAUGAA